AUGGAGAUUCCUACCAAUGAUGGCCCCGACCUCGAUGAUUGUAGAGCCUUAAACACAUCGACCAACAGCAGCAUCUGGUCCGCCUGCUUCACCAACCGCCGCCCUUCUUCCGUCAGUUCUGCCCGUCGUGCUCGACCUUCGUUCCGCUCCGCCUUCCUUGUCCUUUGCAGCCUCGUCGUUUUCCUUGCUUGCUUGACCGGCCCUGCCCAGGCUCACGUCCUUCCCACUGACGCUCAUCAACAUCAAGACAGUGAAAACGUCCUAGCUUCGCCCGAAGUCUUCUCCCACAUAGCCCACAAUGAUCGAUUCAUAGCGACCGCCCCUCGGGGCAGCGUUUCGGACGCUCAGCCCUCCGAUGUCAAUUCAAUCUCUAGUGGCCAGAUUCUGCAGUGGGUCCAGGAUCAAACACGCAACGCCCACUUCGCCGACUCGCCCGAGUCACGCCUCUUCUUCGACGAGCUCUACCAGCGUCUGUCGAUCCAGCAGCGCUCUGUUGCUGACGACGCCUCCUACAACGUCGGUCCCAAAUCCUCUCGCUUCCGCCUCUGGAAGCGCGCUGGAUCGGGCAGCAGUAGCGAGUCGACAUGCCACGAGACCGAGUUGUCCAAGGGUCAGAAGGCCAUCUACGGCAUCCUCAUCCCUAUCCUCGUCGUACUCUCUGGUCUCUUCGCAGGUCUCACCCUGGGCUACAUGUCGCUCGAUGAGACCCAGCUGCAGGUGCUCUCGCUGCAGGGAACGCCCAAGCAGAAGCGAUACGCCGAAAAGAUCAUGCCCAUCCGCAAGGACGGCCAUCUCUUGCUCACUACGCUGCUGAUUGCCAACAUGAUCACCAAUGAGACGCUUCCCAUCAUCGCCGACCCUCUGCUCGGUGGCGGUGUCCAGGCUGUCAUCGUCAGUAUCGUCUUGGUCGUCAUCUUUGCCGAGCUCAUCCCUCAGUCUGUCUGCUCGCGAUACGGUCUCGCCAUCGGCGCCAAGCUCGCACCACUCACCCGAGUCGUCAUGAUCAUCCUCUGGCCCAUCGCCUUCCCCGUCUCGCGAGUUCUGCACUGGACACUUGGCCCCCACUCUGGUAUCGUCUACAGGCGUUCCGAGCUCAAGGAGCUCGUCAACCUCCACGCUGCUGGCGCCGGACGUGGCGACCUCAACAACGAUACUGUCACCAUCGUCGGAGGUGCGCUUGAUCUGCAAGAGAAGGUCGUCAAGCAGGCCAUGACACCCAUCGACCAGGUCUUCAUGAUCUCCAUCGACUCCAAGCUCGGCUACGAGACCCUUCAGCAGAUCGUCAGCUCGGGCCAUUCGCGUAUCCCAGUCUACCACGAGAUCGAGAUCCCCGUCAGCCGCACUCGCGGUGGCAGCGGCACUUUGACGCCCAGUCGUGGCGGUGGUGGCUUCCUCGGUGUCUUGAGUCGCAAAACCAGCAACUCGCAAACCAAAGGCUCGUCGGAUGAUCAGCGCACCCUCGAGGGCAGCGUCACCAAUGAGAAGGAUUAUUUCGCAAACAACAGCGACUCUCAGGACUCUGCUAUGACCAACGAGAAGAGCAACUCGGCGACUGCUAUGACCAUGAUCAAGCGCAAGAAGAUCAUCGGCGCCCUUCUGGUCAAGCAAUGUGUGCUGCUCGACCCCGAGGACGAAACGCCGGUUCGCGAUAUGGUCAUCAACGCUCUGCCGGCUGUUCCUGCGGACGAGCCUUUGCUCAACCUGCUCAACGUCUUCCAAGAAGGUCGCUCGCACCUUGCCAUCGUCUCUUCGCGCACUCGCCGUUCGUUGCCUGGUUCGUUUGUCGGCCUCGGUAGCAACGAUCCAAAGAAGACCCAGGCCGCGGCUCCGGCUCGCUCCGGAACAGCUGCACGCAUCGAGGGAGACCUCGGCAACAUCGACGAAGAGAAGCAACUUGACGAUUCGGACAUCAAGAAGUCCAGCUUUUGGUCGCGUCAUCUGCGCCGACACCAUCGUCAUGCAGACAAGGCCACCUCGCUCGAUCUGCCUCCUGAGACGCUCUCCGAGGACAUCGACGCAAGCGCUGUCGCCACCGAGAUGGCGCAGCGAGACGUGCCUAUCGGUAUUAUCACGCUUGAGGAUGUGCUGGAGGAGCUGAUCGGUGAAGAGAUUCUGGACGAGUACGAUUCCGAGGUCGAGCAGAACUUUGCGCAGAUCAGUCCUCCGCCCAGUCCCGGUCACAGGGAGAUGGUGGACAAGAGGGUAGAGACGCCCAAGGACGCCGAUGAGAUGCAGCUGCCUGGCUCGAUCCUCAAGCUCCCCAAUAACCCCAAGAUUGCUCUGCCCCGCUUCAAGCUGGGUCGCAGCGCCAGUGUCAAGGAUGCGAGCGUCAGCGCCGGGCCAGCUGCCGAGAUUGCUCCCUCCGUGCCGCCGACCCCCGUCAUUGACAGCUCUGCCGAGGCACUCACGGCCAAGCCAGCUGAUCCCACCAAGAGCGAGGGCGUCCACUUCCCUUUCGAUGCCGUCGAUCCGCGUGGCCGCACCGCUGGGAUGCGAGAGAUCAGCGUUGGUUCGCGCCCUUCGUCGCGUCCUGGCUCGCGACCUGUCUCGCCUGGCCCCGGCUCUUUGAUGUCGAGCACAGAUGACCAGCCUGCCCUCGCGGCUCCUCGUGCCAACAAGCCGAUCGUGAUCCGUCACCAGGCUUCGGAUGGGACCGUCGCCACUGCCAUCGUUGGCGAGUCGCUGUUGCGCGGCCGCACCGCUGCCAUUGCUCCCGAACGCCAGGGAAGCGGCGAUGUGAGCCGCAGCAACACUCCUUCGGGCACGCGCGUGAGCCGGUUCAAGAGCACGCCUCUGCCCGGGGCGUCAAGCACCCCGGUCCCUGGCGUUGUUGCUCCAAGAAUCCGCGCGUUCGGUAAGCCUGAGGUGGGCUCUGCGCUCGCCGAGGAGACCAAGAGCUCUGCUGUUCACGUGGCCAGUCCCGAAGAGCUCGAUUCGGACGACAAGACCAAGCAACUCGGCAGCGGCGAUACCGACGAGACCGAUACUCUUUGA